GCAAAAAUGCUACAGAGCAGGCAGACAGACACAGCAGGAUGGACACCGAUAUCCAAUUGUACAGACUGAAAGGACGAUGGUGGCCCCUCUGCUGUCCUCAGCCCAGCAUGUUCAGCCUGGCGAGCGGCUGCUGCAGCUGGCUCUGCAAGCUCCGGCAGCCUGUCAGGAAAGUCACGGUGCUUGUGCUUGGCCUUGACAAUGCAGGAAAGACGUCCACCGUCAGAGGAAUCCUAAAGGCUCCCCUGGCGGAAGUGACCCCAACACUCGGCUGUGUGCAGCUGGAGCUCAGAGUGGACAGCUUCCAGGUCACCCUGCUGGACGUGGGCGGGGGUCCGGAAGGCCGUGGGACCUGGAGGGACCACUACAGCAAAGCGCACGGGAUCGUGUUCGUGGUGGAUUCCAGCGAUGCUCAGCGGCUGCAGGAGGCCAGGGACCUGCUGGCACACCUGCUGAUGCACCCCAGGGUGGCAGGGAAGCCCCUCCUAGUAAUCGCCAACAAGCAGGACAAGCCGAAGGCUCUGCUGGGCAGCGAGCUGGUGGAGGCCCUGUCCCUUGAGACGCUGGUAAACCAGAGCCGGUCUCUCUGCCACAUUGAGCCCAGCUCGGCGCUGCUGGACGCCAGGAGGUGCUCGGAGAGGAAGACCCUGCGGGGGCUCCGCUGGCUUCUCCGCGCGGUGUGCCUGGACUACCACCAGCUGUGCGCGCGGGUGGCCAGGGACUGCGUGCAGCCCCCCGCGCCCGAGGGGCCUGAGAGGCGAGGCAGGGCUGAGCGAGGGCACGGCAGGCCCCGGGAAGAUGGAAUUCGCUGCAGCAGAACUCCGCCCCCUAAGGAGGAGCCCCCACGCUCCGAGGAGAAGGCCAGCCUGCCCAGAGGGAAGCUGCAGCCCCUCCAGAACAUCCUGAAAAAGGAGAGCCGCCUGAAAAGGCGAGCGAGGAGGAAGAAGCAGGUGAAGAUCAAGGACGCGGUGAACGACGGCGACGAGGAGGAGCGGCCCGAGGUCCGGACCGGGGCAGAGCAGGAAACGGAGCCAAGUCCCACCUGGCACAGAGAGGGCAAGGCUGGCAGCGCCGCCGCCGCCCUGUUGCCCAGCAACCGCGUGGGAUUAAACCGGAGCGUCCGAGUGACAGAAGACACCCCGGAGCAGCCAGACUCGAGACAGAAUGAAAAACGGAAACCGAAGAAAGGCAAACCAGAAAAGAAGAAAAAGACAAAAACAGUAAAGAAGAAAAAUAAAAUAAAUUCUGAAGAAGUGCCGACAGCUCACCCACAGCCCGUGGAUCUCUCCACUACUUUUGACCUCUACAGAAAGGCCAUACUGGCUCUGAAAGCCAGGCAAGACCAGAACCACUAAACUAAGAGGAGUCUUUCUGCAUGUGCGUGAAGUGACUGAUCACUACAGGACUCAAGCAGUGAAAUGAAGACCUUUCACCAAAAGCAGAUCCCUUUCCGAUAAGCUCAGUC